AGCCCGCGGCAGCUUGGUUCCUGCGCCGAUGCUGGGGCUGUAGGCGCCGCGAGGUCGGCUGGUUGCGGCUCACAGGGAGGACGCCGGCGCUCGCCUUCCCUCCGCUGCCCCCGCCGCUGCCAUGAUUCCGGUAUCGCUGGUGGUGGUGGUGGUGGGCGGCUGGACUGCCGUCUACCUGACCGACUUGGUGUUGAAGUCAUCUGUGUAUUUUAAGCAUUCUUAUGAAGACUGGCUGGAAAACAACGGAUUGAGCAUCUCCCCUUUUCACAUAAGAUGGCAGACUGCUGUUUUCAAUCGUGCCUUUUACAGUUGGGGACGGCGGAAAGCAAGGAUGCUUUACCAGUGGUUCAAUUUUGGAAUGGUGUUUGGUGUAAUUGCCAUGUUCAGCUCUUUUUUUCUUCUGGGGAAAACACUGAUGCAGACUUUAGGCCAAAUGAUGGCUGACUCUCCCUCUUAUUCUUCCUCCUCUUCUUCCUCUUCCUCUUCUUCCUCCUCUUCCUCUUCUUCCUCUUCUUCUUCCUCCUCUUCAUCCUCUUCCUCACUUCACAACGAACAGGUGCUACAAGUUGUGGUUCCUGGCAUAAAUUUACCCGUCAACCAACUGACCUAUUUCUUCGCUGCAGUCCUCAUUAGUGGUGUUGUACAUGAAAUUGGACAUGGGAUAGCAGCUAUUAGGGAACAAGUUCGAUUUAAUGGCUUUGGGAUUUUUCUCUUCAUUAUUUAUCCUGGAGCAUUUGUUGAUCUGUUCACCACUCAUUUGCAACUUAUAUCACCAGUCCAGCAGCUAAGGAUAUUUUGUGCAGGUAUCUGGCAUAAUUUCGUCCUUGCACUCCUGGGUAUUUUAGCUCUUGUUCUCCUCCCUGUAAUUCUCUUGCCAUUUUACUACACUGGAGUCGGGGUGCUUAUCACUGAAGUUGCUGAGGAUUCACCUGCCAUUGGACCUAGAGGCCUUUUUGUGGGAGACCUUGUCACCCAUCUACAAGAUUGUCCUGUUACUAACGUACAAGACUGGAAUGAAUGUCUAGAUACCAUCGCCUAUGAGCCUCAAAUUGGUUACUGUAUAAGUGCAUCAACUUUACAGCAGUUAAGCUUCCCAGUUAGAGCGUACAAACGGCUAGACGGCUCAACUGAAUGCUGUAACAAUCACAGCCUUACAGAUGUGUGCUUUUCCUAUAGAAAUAAUUUUAAUAAGCGUUUGCAUACAUGUCUACCUGCCCGGAAAGCAGUGGAAGCCACCCAAGUUUGUAGAACCAAUAAAGAUUGUAAAAAAAGCUCAAGUUCAAGUUUCUGUAUAAUACCUUCUUUGGAAACUCAUACUCGCUUAAUAAAAGUGAAACACCCACCUCAAAUUGAUAUGUUGUAUGUAGGACAUCCACUGCAUCUUCACUACACAGUGAGCAUCACCAGUUUUAUCCCACGUUUCAACUUUCUAAGCAUAGAUCUGCCCGUGGUUGUGGAAACAUUUGUCAAGUAUCUGAUUUCCCUCUCGGGAGCUCUGGCUAUUGUUAAUGCAGUGCCCUGCUUUGCUUUGGACGGACAGUGGAUUUUAAACUCUUUCCUAGAUGCUACUCUUACCUCAGUGAUUGGAGACAAUGAUGUCAGAGAUCUGAUAGGAUUUUUCAUCUUGCUUGGUGGCAGUGUACUUUUGGCUGCCAAUGUGACCCUAGGACUCUGGAUGGUUACAGCACGCAUCAUUAAUCCAGAUUUGAAGGAGACCAGACUUUGGCCAAGUGGAAAGGUGAGCAUUUUCUUGAUCUAUAUUUCUUGUCCCUUGUCGUGUUUGAAAAGUAUUUUAAAAUUAAAUGUGUAUUAUUUUGUACUCUGAAAACUGAAGUCUGAUUAAUUAAAUUCAUAAAAUUCUAUAAAAGAAUCUGCUGGUACAAAAGGGAAAAUCUUUGUCAAAUAAUGCCAAAUAAAUGAACAAAUAGGAAGUAGGGUCUGUAAUAGGGUGAGACAUGUUUUGCCUCACAAGAGUUGCCUCUUUGAUAAUAUGCCCCCAUGUUCUCAUAAAAGCAGCACUAGCCUUGACAUUCAGAGUGAACUGCAGGAAGUAUCUCCCACUUGCAGCAUGUGAACUGAGGCAGUUAGGGGUGAACCUCAGAACUGAGCCAGGUGGGUCUUGUGGCAGAUAACAAGACAGAUCACAGGACCUUCUGCAGUCCUCGUUACUGUUCUCUACAGAGCUUCAAAGCUUGAAAUCCUUCCGGGGUAGAUAUUUUUUCUUGUGCUGCUGGGACUAUCUGGGGCCUAGCUCCUAGGUCCCUGUCUUCAAAAAGCAGUUACCUUAAGUCCUGAACUAUACUCUGUCUUCACCAGUGGCUCUCAUGUUUCUCUGUGUUGGGUAAUUAAGUCCUUGCUUUCCGUCUUUCCCCUAAGCUACCUCUGUGGGUCCACGAAAGACUUGAUAGUAGAGUGAGAAUGGCUACAUGUGAGUACAAAUGUGGAUUUGCCAGAACCUGGGAACUGACUCUUGAGCCCGAAAGAGCCUUGCCUAGUUUGAGAUCUUUUGGACUGGAGAUGCAGCCCAGGAAGAUCUGGAAAAUCGAUAGGCCAGUGUGAAGCUGUUGGUAUUAGAAGUAUAUGAGUAUGCUGUUUCCUUGAUGAAAAAUAUGUGCUUCUCUCAUAUACUCAAGAACAUGAAUAGUUAUGUAUUAUCAACUUUUUCACUAAUUGAGGUAUUCAUGGGUUCACCUCUUUCAGAUUACUGAGUUUCUUUUUAUGCACUAAAAACUUUUUAAUCAUUUUUAAGGAAACUUUAGAUUGUAUUAAAAAUCUGCCUGCCUUCGUAAACAGAAAUUACACAUUGAAUAUAAUUUUAACUUUUUUUUUUUUUUUUUUGGCACACGGGCUUAGUUGCUCCGUGGCAUGUGGGUUCUUCCUGGAGCUGGGAUCGAACCCGUGACCUCUGCAUUGGCAGGCAGAUUCUUAACCACUGCGCCACCUAGGAAGCCCAAUUUUAACAUUUUUUAAUGACUCAAGGUCAUCAGUUAUUACCACUACUUUAAACUGUACAGAUUAUUGGUUUAUCCUAGGAAAAGGGCAUUUGUUCUAUUAUUAGGCAGACAGUCUUUCAGGAUUAAAGUAUAUUAGCAGAGUAAUGGGAAAUACCAUGAAAUACUUACAUAAUUAAUUUGAUUACAUGAAUUGAGCAGUUUACUAAUGGAAGUGCUGUAUACGUGCAGGUCAGUUUUUUUUUUAAACUGAAAAAAAAAUUUAAUAGAUGAAAUUGUCCCCGAAACUUCUUUUUCUGAGUGGAAAAAAAAAAAAAAAACCCCAAGCACGUCAUUUUCUUAUGGCUUUUAAACACCUUGAUCUUUGACUCCCUUGGGUCAGGAUUUGAAUAUUAGGGUAUCUAUUAGGAUAUUGAGCAGAUCAGUCCCGUUUUUACAGAAAUGGCCUCAUUUUGUAAGAAAGGAAAUGUUAUGUGUUGUCUCUUCAGCUUGAUUGUGGGCACUUCUAAAGCAAGGACCAUGUCAUAUUCAUCUUUGCAUCCCUGGCACAGUGCAUGAGACAUCAAAAAUACUUAAUAAAUGGGGUUGAAUGGAUGAUUAGCGUUAUUUGUGGCUUAGAAAAGCAUGUUUCUAUUUAAGUGAGCUGUAAAAAGUAUUAUUGAGUAUUUACUGUAAAUAUAUGUUAACACAAAAAAAUAAUAAGGUCUUUGUGUCCCUGGUAUAUUAUCAUCUUUAUGAAAAUAGUCCAUUUUGGUUUCUGUAGAGCAAUUAGAAAAAUGAAUUAUUUUGAGGAUUUGAAGAAAGUGCGGUCACUUGUUCAACCGUAAAACUUUAUUUUCAGUGUUUCUUCUCUGCAUUGUUUACAUUUUUGAGGGUUGUUUUUAAUCACUUAAAAUCUGUAAAGAAUGUAUAUAUUCUUUUCAGCAUCUCAGUUUGAAAAGACAUGCAGUUAAACUUGACCUUUUGAUAAUCGCUCUUAAUAAGUCAUUAUCUGUUCUAAUGGUAAAUUGUAAACAUGCGCUUCAUGGAUAUGUGGCUCUUAGUCAUCAGUUUGUCCUGUGGUAUUUAUUGAUUGUUCACAUAGUAAUGGUACACAGGUAUUUUUUUCUAUACAUCUUUCAACUGAGCUGUAAUUCAUUCUUAGGCUUUAACUUGAAGAUAUUACAGUUGCUGGCAUUUAAUGUUUAGCAGUAAAAGAAUAAAUGUGUACCAGCAUUCUAUGUUUUAUCAUCUAUGUGUUGUCUUUUUUUUUAAUUUGUAUUCUCUUCUGUCAAAAUUGUUCCCUUCACAUGCAGUACAAUCGUAGAUGCUUUAAAAUUCUUGAUUCUAAAAGCAGCCUCAGUUUUCAUUCAAGCAAUCCGUAUGUGAAAGUUGUUGGUAGAUCACAGAAAGAAGUCUUUUUUAAAUGAAAUCCCUGUGGUCUCACUACUCUUUUGGAAAUGGCCUGUUCAUGGAUGAGGAAAGAAGCCCAUCAUGUUUCAUUAGUGUCUAACAGAAGUCUUCUCUAAGUCUAUAUUUUUAGGAAUUCGUGAAAGAAAGUGUUUGAACUAUGAUAUUUGGUUCUUCUUCACCUUUUGCCCUAGCGUUUCCUCCCUUGUCCACAGAGCCAACCUCCCUCACAUACACACACACACUCUUUCCCUCUCUCCUCCUCCCCUCUUCCUCUCUUUCUCUCUCCUAUCCUUCCCUCUCCCUCUCCCUCCCCCCUACCCCUCUAGUUACUAUUAUGCUCAAGUCACUAUUAUGUACUUAAACUAUUUAUUUUCAGAAUACAGAAUUAUAAAUUUGCCCUCAUAUCUCAGUCCGCACUGGCAUUAGAUCUUGCCUCCUUUUGGUAUGCCUUUUUGGCUUCCAGUGCCUUCAGGCUACGUCUGGUUGUCCAGAGUAUCUCCCCAGGCCUUGAACCUUUUAAAUAUUUCUUCCCCCAAUCAAAAUGGACCUAAAAUCAUAUUUAAGAUGUUGGCUAAGUAUUUUGCUCAUGGGAGCUAUUCAAAAUAAUCUGUGUUCAUGGGUAUAUUCAUUGAUAGUAACAUGGGCAUUUAAAUCUGGUCUUACCCAAGCUGUUUUAACUCAGAAGGAGGCACUGUGAUGAACCAAUAUAGGAGAGAAUUUGGGGUAGGAUGAACUUUGAGGACUAAAUCAGACAAUAGAAAGCUGUACGCAGUCUGGGAUACUGCAUUUCAAAAUAAGCUCUUUUUUAACAAGUUCACUUUAAUUUGCAUUUUUUAGUUAGAAAAGAGGCUAACCUUUUUUUUUUAAAUGUCGAUUGUUUUGUAGAUCUUUUUUAUCCACAUCCUUUGCCCAUAUUUCCCUGCAGUGAUUAUUACCUUCUUACUGCUUGUCAUCAUUCAAGACUGACGUUUUCACAAAGGGUUUGCAGAUAUAUUGGCCCAUACCUUAACUUCUUUUACAGGUCCUUGACUUUCAUACUUUAUUCCUAGCAUUCUUAUCUUCCCUUUCAGCCACUUUGUUUCCAUCCUUUAAUGGCUUCUAAUUUUCUUCCUAGGCCUUCUGUAUCACCAGAAAUCUACAGUGGGUGGUAGCACUUAGCAAUUUACAGAAUUUUCACUUCUCCAGUUCAGGCCAUCCCCUUUUCUGUUAUGGAAAUACCUGGGAAAAAGAGGUUGGUAAUCAGGAGUUUUCUUUGGGAAUAUAGAAUUGCAACAGAAGGAGAUAGAUAAUGUAAUUUAGGGGGCUUUAUAGAAUAGUUUUUACUAGAAAAGAAAUGCAAGUUCAUUACAGAAAACAUGUUAAAUGAAAGUAAAUUGUAAUUUCUUGAAAAAAAUAGCAUUAUAUUAUAGAUAAUUAGUAAGCUGCUUUUUAAACUUGAUAAUGUAUUAUAAGCAUUUUUCAAUGUUAUUAAUGUUCUAGUGUUAUUUUAAUGGCUAUAUAAUAUUGCGUGUUAAAUAUGCCAUAAGUUAACCCCUAUUAUUUCCAGUUUUAUAAUAUUAUAAACAAAGCUGUGAGGAGUAUCCUUAUAACUAUAUCUUCUUGCAUAUCUAUGCUUUUGGAUAAUUCUAGAAACUCUUAAGAUAAUACUAAAAGGAAAAAUUGGUAUCUUGAAAUUGAACAAAGUUUUAUAUACACAUAUUGCCUUGUUGCAUUUACAUUUUUUUCUGUUAAUUGGGUAAGGAAAAAUGGCAUCUCAUUUUAAUUCUCAUUUCUUUGAUUAGAAAAGAGGUUAAAUACUUUAAAAUGUAUUUAUUGGCCAUUGUUUCUUUUUGUUUAUCCCCAUCCUUUGCCCAUUUUGCGUGAGAGUGAUUAUUGUCUUACUGCUUUUCUUCAUAUUUUGAUUUAUUAAAUGUGAAUAUAUUAAAACAUCAUUUAAGUAUAAUGCUUAUUUUUAUGUUUUCAUGUAUCAUAGUCUGUCAGUCUUUGCCUUGUGCUUUCCACCUUUGAUAUGAUUUGAAAGUCUUCUCAAGAUUUUAUAAAUACUCACAAAUAUAUUCACAAACAUAAUAAUUUUAUGAUUUUGUUUUUCAAACAUUCAAAUCUUUACAUGCAGUGGAUUUUGAUGUUGGUGCAAAGUAGGGAUGUAAUGUUUUGUUAUCCUCAAAUGAUUAACCAGUCAUCUCAAAGGAGAUAGUUUUGUCUUAAGAGAUUUUUCAUACCAGCGAGGAAGAGGCAUAAAUUUAUAUCCUUUGGAGAGAAUAAAUAUAAGUGAAAUUAUCUCUUACUUGGUAAAUCAUUCUUAUUUAUAUAGGAGGCAACUAUUUAUUAUUUUACUUUUUUAAUUCAUUAAUACAAUGAACUGAGAGUAUAUCUCAUGUGUUUUAAUUGAAUAGAGUGCUUAAAUAAUUUAUUUUCCUUA